UGAGCAUUCGUUUCGUCGAAGGGGUUGCGGGUAGCUGAGCAUGGAGCGCAGUCAUUUGCCGGAGACGCCAUUUGAAUUGGCCCUUUCUGGGCCCAGGUUUCAGGCACAGCUGAGCGGCAAUGGUUCCGUGCUGGACAAUGUGCUGCCCGACAUGGCGCACCUGGUGAACCCCUACUGGAGCCGCUUCGCCCCCAUGGACCCCAUGAUGAGCAAGAUCCUCGGCGUGUUCACCCUGGUCAUCCUGAUCAUCUCGUGCUGCGGCAACGGAGUGGUGGUCUACAUCUUCGGUGGAACAAAGUCGCUGCGCACGCCGGCAAAUCUGCUGGUUCUCAACCUGGCCUUCUCCGACUUCUGCAUGAUGGCCUCCCAGUCGCCGGUGAUGAUCAUCAACUUCUACUACGAAACGUGGGUGCUGGGACCGCUGUGGUGCGACAUUUAUGCGGGAUGUGGUUCGCUGUUUGGGUGCGUUUCCAUCUGGUCCAUGUGCAUGAUCGCCUUCGAUCGGUACAAUGUGAUCGUAAAGGGUAUUAAUGGCACGCCCAUGACCAUCAAGACGUCCAUAAUGAAAAUACUGUUUAUAUGGAUGAUGGCUGUAUUCUGGACCGUGAUGCCUUUAAUUGGCUGGAGUAGCUAUGUGCCCGAGGGCAAUUUGACUGCCUGCAGCAUCGACUAUAUGACACGCCUUUGGAACCCGAGAUCAUACCUCAUCACCUACUCCCUGUUCGUGUACUACACUCCUCUUUUCCUCAUCUGCUAUUCAUAUUGGUUCAUCAUCGCCGCCGUGGCCGCCCACGAAAAGGCGAUGCGGGAACAGGCCAAGAAGAUGAAUGUCAAGUCGCUGCGGAGUUCCGAGGAUUGUGACAAGAGUGCCGAGGGAAAGCUGGCCAAAGUGGCGCUCACCACCAUCUCGCUGUGGUUUAUGGCCUGGACCCCCUACCUGGUCAUCUGCUAUUUCGGCCUCUUCAAAAUCGAGGGAUUGACGCCCCUGACGACCAUUUGGGGAGCGACAUUCGCCAAGACAAGUGCCGUCUACAACCCAAUUGUGUAUGGCAUAAGCCAUCCCAAAUACCGCUUGGUGCUCAAGGAGAAGUGUCCCAUGUGUGUGUUUGGCAACACUGAUGAGCCGAAACCGGAUGCACCUGCUUCCGAUACGGAAACCACAUCUGAGGCAGAUUCAAAGGCUUAAACCGACCGACAUAAUCCAGCAAUUGCCUACAAGAGGCACAAAAAUGUUUUAAAAAAAUGGGAUGUGCAACAUCAUAAAGUGAUACAAAAAUGUAAAAAGAAAA